AUUAAACUCCCCAAAUAAGAUAUAUCCCUGCUAUUUAAGAUGAAAAAGUGCAAAAUACUUCCACACCAGUGUGAGGCAGCAAUGUGCGGAACCUGACCAUUUUGCUGCAAAACAGGAAACACGGUCUCCCUGCACAUGCGCAGACGCUCGGCGGUUUCAUCGUUGUGUUUUUGAAAAAUAGAAGAUUUGACGAGCGGGAAAGUAUUAUGAACUUUAAUUUUACCGGUCACGCUUGCCGUGGAAGAAAGCUGAAGAUUAUAACUAUCGUCUGUUUUUAAAACUUGAGUUAGGUGAGUUUGUUGAACUAUGGAAGCAAACUUAUAGUCAACGGAUAUACUGCUAUUCAGGUCACCAAUUAUUCAUCUUCAUCAUCUGAAAAUGCUUACACUACAAGGUAGCACUAUGGCACCAUUAAAAGGAUCCAAGCGCUCUGCAGCUGCGGCAUCAAAGGUCAAGAACAAGAUGCUAAACACCUCAUCAUUCUUCAGGGUCUCCUUAAAGACCAACAACAAGGCCUUGGCUGUUGCUCUGCAGGCUCAAAAAGAGCGGAGGCAGCAGCUGGAGCUCGAGGUCAUGUGCCUGCAUAAACAGUUACAGUCUCUGUGCUUUGAGUUGGCCACCAGGAAAUACAAGGACCGAAAAAUGCUCCUAAUUUGGAAAAACUUGUACAAAAACACUAUGCAACACUUUGAAGCAGUGACAGAUCUUUUCUCUGAUACGGACCUUUUUCAAGAGCCUGAAGAAAACAAGGGCCUUUUUAAUAACGUCAACAAAGAAAAUCUUGCAGUGGACAGUGUGACAGAUCCAUUGCCUUCUCAGCCAGAAAUCCGAAACGAUUUUGUAGUUUCCGCCCAAAAUUUAAACGCACGCCUGUCUGAAAAAAACAGAAAUGAGAGAGACAUCUUCCAAGAGAUAACCACCAAGUCACCUGGUGCACAACAAUUAAAUAAAAGGGAAUCAGGUCAGCGUCCAGAAGAAUCCCAGACAGCAACUUCCCGUCAGUCCACCAUCUCCAACGUCUCUCGGCCAGAAUCCGACACUAAUCCUGCACUUCUUAAUGUAUGUGACAUAUCUAGAGCUUCUCUGAAUCUAGCUACAACAGCGAAUCCAAGUCCCAAAAAUAAAAACGAUAAAACGCUACUUCUGGACUCGACAAUGGAGAUGACACAAACCCAUAAUAAUGAGGUCAUCAUUGUGGAAACCAAAGCCAAGAAAAACACAGGGGGCGUGACAAUUCCGAGCAAUAAAGCAGACUCCACCCAUCGGACAGGUGUUCCACACGUGAAAAGGUCUACAGUUUCUAGUAAGAAUGAGAUUAAGACUUCUGCUACCCCCCACACAAAUGAGCCUGAGAAUAACAGAGACCAAGAGACUAAAAAACCUGACUUGUUUAAAACUGCAUCUGGUCGUGAUCAUAACUCCCGCAUCCCUAAAUUGGGCAAGGCUGUUGUGGAAAACUGUCAGAAAACAUCAAAGAACAAGUUAAAAGUAGUAGUCCACGACACAAAGUCCAAGUCCUGCGAGGUUUCGAUAAAUUGUGAGGAUUAUUUUAAGGAUUCCGAAAACGCCCUUAACGCUGUGAGCCAAGUACAAGUAGCAUCAGAAAAGGACAUGUCCAAAAUCACAUGCAGGAGGACCAGAACUAAAGGACGGGCUGUGACGUCCAUGACCAAAAGACAGUCUUCACUGACUACUCCUAAAGAAAGCAGUCAGUCAGAACAGGAACAGCUCUGCGGUGAUGCCGUCGUGGCCGAGUAUGAAGAGCAAAAACAACCCGAAGAGUUUGUGUUCCUUGCAGAUAAAACUGUUUGUCCGAGUAUCUUUAAACCCAAGGUUCCACCUCAUUCUGGAGGUGGUCAUAAACCAAGAUGCAGAGGGACAUUUGUUAUCUCCGUCACUUCAGGUUCUACCUUCCUCGACUCCCCUCAAGCAUGUGUUGAAAAGCAGGGAAAACUGACACUGCCUCCAAGUUCCCCUGACAAUAAGACACAGGCACCAUUGGCAAACACAGCCCAAGUUCUUGAUCCCCAGUAUCCAGAUUCUCCUCAGAACUCUUGCAAAAGACGCUGGUUCUCCACUCAAGAUAUCGAGAGUUCUCAGGAGAACAUGAGUAGCGAAAAUCAACCUGAAAUUCUGCUCCAGGACCGAGAUGAAAUCACAGGCCCAAAGUUUAAGAAACCUAAAAAAGCCAGGAAGGAAGAGGGCGGGAGGCCUGUUAAAAAGAGAAGGACACACAAGAAAGACAGGGAUGCAUUUUUAAAUGAUGGAGAUAAUGCAAACAAUAAAAGUAACAAAGGACUUGAAUCUGCAGAGAAUCAGAAAGCGACAGAUGUGUGGCCUGGUUUUGACGUCAAUGACUGGGAAGGAGAUCAAGACCCAACAGGAGAUGUCCACAUAUCUGAAAGCUCAUAUUGUGAAAAGACCGAAGAUGGCGACAUCUUCGAACAGAUCUGCAGUUCAAAGUCCAAAAAGUCAAAGUCAAAACCAAAAGACCGUCGAAACAAAUCCGAGCUGCGCGCACCUCCGGAGCGCAGGUCCCCGAGGAAGACAUUUAUCAUCAGACGUACAACUCAAGAGAAGGUUUCGCUGAACAACACGAGGACGUCUGAUCUGUUGGACGUCAACAGUCCUUCAGCAGACACAGGUGGACAGAAAGAUGGUCAUGGUUUUACUGACAUGCUUACAGAGGAGAUGCCUCCAUGGUCCAGCCUGGAUCACAGUAUCGCAGACACGGAGAUGCAGUCUUUCCUGAACAGUCCUGGAAGACCAGCGUCAGUCACUGAGAAGUCAGUUAUUUCAGUUGAAACUUCACCAGGUAUGUUUCUUCUCCUCUUGCGUCUUUUUUUAAAAAUUCUUCUUGUCAAAUGUGAAUGCAUCAAAUCUUUGCGAUAUAAUCUAAGUUUUUGUUCGAUUUGAUUUAACCUUUGUGUG